CCCAAUUAGUCUGUUAACUUUCUAAGAGUAUGGAGCAGAAAGGGACUUACUUCAGCUCAGGUCCCUCCCUCUGUCCGCAUUAGAGAGAGUCUGCACGUAUGUCAGAGGCACUAUGGUGGAGGGCUGGUGAAGAUGAUGGCAGCUCUCUGCGAGAAUGGCACAUAUGGACUCAACUGUGGCCGCAAGAGCGACAGAAUAUCAGUUUUACAUGUCAAACUGACAGAAUCAGCCUUUAAAGCGCUGGAAAACUACAAAAACUGUAAGAAGGCACCGUCCUCACAGGCCGCGAUACGUUUUCAGGGUCUUCAAGGGCGCAUUAAAAUCCCAACAACAGAUGCUCCCAAUGGCUGUCAUAACUUUGACUUUUAUUUGUCAAACUAUGGCAAAGACAAUCCUCAAGGAAGCUUUGAGUGUAUCCACCAGUACAUAUCUAGCUCUGGAGUCCCCCAUCUGUCCUCCUUGGGAACGAUUCAAGACAAAAUCACAGUAUGUGCCUCCAAUGACACUUACCAGGUGACCAAAGAGAGAGUGGCCAAAGCUGAGGACGAUAAAAGCAAAAACAGCACCAAAUUCAUCAGACCCGGAGGACCGUUCAGAGACAAAAAAGUCCAGCACCGAAAACCGGCCCCGUCAGCCCCUGAUCCAGUUCCAGAGAGGAAGCAGACCACCCCCCUCAACCCAGCCAACACCAUCCGCAAGUGCCUUACCAACAACCCCGUAUCGCAACGGCCAUACCGGGACCGCGUCAUUCACCUUCUGGCCCUGCGCUCUUACAAGAAACUAGAGCUGCUCGGCAGACUGCAAAGAGAUGGCAUCAGCCAGAAAGACCGCAACUCUUUGGGCUCUACACUAAAUCAGGUGGCCAGUCUAAACCCGAAGGAUAACUCGUAUUCGCUGAAGGACUUUAUCUUCCGUGAAGUCCAGAGGAACUGGCCGGGCUACACGGAGGAUGAACGGGUUCAAUGUGACAGGAUCCUGGCACGUAAAUUGGGUUUGAAUUCAGCGUCUGUAUCUUCCAGCAGCCCAACCAAAGAGCCAACAUCUCCACUGAAACGUCAACCUGAGACUGACUUCAUUGACCCUCUGAUGUCUAAGAAGCCCCGAAUCUCCCACCUCAGUAACCGAGGGCCCCCCUCCUCUUCAGGUCGUCAUUCUUCAGAGACUGAGGACAAAAAACCUGCACCAACGGCCGCUUGCCCAGGACCCUAUUUUCACCCUCCCCCUGUCACGGGCUCCAGUUCAAACUCCCCCAGUACGCCGGAGGGCCGGGGGUCUCAGGACCUGCCCCUGGACCAGAGCUCUAUAUGCGGAAACUCCUCAGAGAGCUACGCCCCCCACAGCCACACACCCAGCCAGCCAGUUUCCACCACGUCCCCCUUGUCCUUCUCCACCUGCACAGUCUCCACAACCACCAUUACCUCCACUACUACCACCAGCAGCGGCCACCGCGUUUCUUCUGCCACGUCUCCUACGGCCAGCCGGGAUGGCAAUGGCAGCAAAAAGCCCAAGAAGUCCAAGAAGCACAAAGAUAAAGAGAGGAAGCGAGAAGGAGAGAAAGAGAAGGAUAAGGACCGAAAGAGGGAUCGAGAGCAUAAUUGCGAUAAGGAAGCAAAGCCCAGGAAGAAACAUCGGAAUGAGACCGAACAAAGACACAUUCCUGCCAACAUCAAUCAAGAAUCGGACAGAGAAGCUGGCAAAGACAAGCCUGUCAACAGCACUGAACUUCCAGUCCCAACAAAGCCCGAUUACGUAGUUAAGUACACAGCAGUGAUAUCUCUGGAUCAGAGGCAGCACUAUAAGGAUGACUUCAAUGCAGAAUAUGAUGAGUAUCGCAUUCUUCAUGCCCGCGUAGAGAGAGUUACUCGUCGUUUUACAAAACUGGACGCCCAGUGUAGACGACUGGCACCAGGAACUAAAGAGUACCAGGACGUACAUGAACAGGUGCUGCAAGAAUAUAAAAAAAUUAAACAACACAGCCCAAAAUAUUAUGAAGAAAAACUGCGCUGUGAGUACCUGCACAACAAACUGGCCCACAUCAAACGGCUCAUCGCUGACUUCGACCAGCGGAAGGCGCAGUCCUGGCUGUAGGGCACGGGACCAAGCAACCCCCUCAGCCAAUCAGAGCGCUCUUCAGCCAAAGGACCAUCUUUAGAGGAGUGUGGGAAUCAAUAUGCUCCUUAUUUAUUCUAUUUACUGAUUCCCCACUCGCCUGUUUUUCCAUAUCUGGUCGCCUUCAUCACUCUAUAUCAUGUUUUCUUCCUUUUCAUCCUUUCCCAUACCUUUUCAUUGAUUCCUUUUUCUUUCUUUUUGAAGGAUUUUUUAAAAGAAAAAAGGACAAAAAAUAAAACUAAUUUUUUGAAUGCAAAAAGAAAGUUCGCAAUGCAAACCGGGGGCCUUACAGCUCGUAUUUCUUCAAGCCUUUUGCACAGGGGUGAUCGAGCCAGUACAUGUGAAAAAGUGGCCAUAAAAGAGGGGGUUUCCAAGAGCCUUGAGACUUCCUUUCUCCCGUUGGCCCUGUUUUUUGUUUUGUUUUUUCUUUGAAGAGCAUCAGUAUUCACACCCACAGUGCAAAUGAUGCCUUAAGGUAUUAAUACAGACAUAUAUCGAUGUGGCGUCAGUGAGACAUACAAGCACCCGGGGCAGAAAUUAUUAUGACCUGAUCACAGGUCCAGCGCACAUUCAUGUAAGGUGUGAUCGAUGUUUGCUUGUGUGUGUGUGUGUGUGAGAAAGUGGCGAGUGAAAAUUGUCAGUGUUUGUUCGUUUUUGGGAAGGACUGUGGGUCAGAAACUACAGGUAGAGAUGGGCUCUGGGAGUAGGUUUGGAUAUAAAUUAUAUAAAAGAGAAAAAAAAAAAAGGAAAACAAAAAUCCCCCCAAAAAAAGCUGCUACAUUUUUUUUCUUUGAACAGCCGAAGCCUUCGGGAUCAAGCCGGCUCGUUUUACGUGUUCUUAAUUUGGGCCUGCUCUGUUUAAGAAAAUGAUUGUACCAUCUUGAAGGCAAAGGUGCUACUGAUUCAUGAGAAAAUGCGUCGAGCAGAGGCAGACCUGUAUAUCCAUUUCAAAUGUAUUCAUUAAUUAUUACAAGUCUCAGAACAGAGUUAUUUAUGACUUAUAUAAUAUUAUAUAUUUUUUGUUUCAUUUUGAAUUGCUGGAAUUUUGAGUAUUGAAAAAAGAAACUGAUCAAAUAUGUAUAAAAGUCUUUAUUUCACGGUAUCAUUAGUGAUUAAACUUCUUAAAGAUUAAGGGAAACGUUUUGUUUACAAAACCUGUGUGAUGGGAAGUUGCCAAAAAAAAGUUAUAAAAAUGAAACACAAAUGCUUUCAAUCCUAUGUGCAUAUAGUCUGGAAUAAAACGCGUUUCUCUGAGUGACAUAACACUUUAUCUAAAAGGAGAUGGUGAUCGAACACUUACAGUGUCGUGAUGUAUUUAUUUUCUUUUGAUGCUUGUAUAGGAAAAAGAUCCAGAAUGCAGCUUUGUGAAUCAGCUUUCAAAAAAAAAAAAACAUUGCUUGCAGUUAUGCAAAUUCUCACUGGAUCAUGGUGGAUUCUGAUUGGCUAGCUGAUUCUUGAGGCUUGCUGCAUUGUAUUUGCACAUUUUAAGAUGUCUUUUUGAGAUCUGAAAACAAAUCAUCUCUCUUUUGAUCACAAUUAUUCCAUUGUUAAAGACUGGGAGGUGUUUCCUUUGUUUUCCAGUGUUGUAAAUUGAAAAACCUGAGUGUGCCAUUCUCAAAAUAACCAUUGAUGAAUGUUUGUUUUCAGUAUUUGGGGCGGCAGAUGGCAUCUUACUUGCUUUUUUUAGGGGCUUAAAUGUUAUCAAACUCCCUAAGAUGUUCUGUCGUGUGAGCUUCUGUUCAUUUUAGUCGCAGUUUAUAGACUGGAUGAAAUGUCUGAUGACAACCAUAUACAAGUCAUGGUUAUUUAACAGAAUAAUAGCAGAUGCUUAUUUCCUCAGCAUCCACACUGAGCCCUAAAGAUUUGGGAUGACACUAAGAAGUGUUGCUUUGAAAGGAGAAUGUGCAACUACACAUCAAACUUGGUAUUGUAAUUUGGGUGGGGAAGUAUUUGGUGUGUGACCAACACUUGUUUUCUUUCCCUUUUGAAGAAGAGACUGUGCCUUUGACACCAUAAAGAGAGAUGUUAAUGUUGGAAAAUAAGCCAAGAAUCUCAUAACACUGUCAUCUCUUGUUUUAAAGGUGGGAUGGGGGUUGUUUCAGACUGUAAGAAAAUUCCUGACCUGUCCACCUAAAAAUGUAUUAAAUCAGUUCAAUAAAAUGUGAACUUGGCAUUA